GAACGGCUUCGCCUCGGAGCCGCUGGGCCCCCUCGAGGGCGCGCCGGCCCACCCGGGCGCCGCCGCCGUUGCGCGCCUCAGCGUCUGCUGGUCGCCCUUUGCCCUCGUGCAGGCGUGCCGGCUGCACACGGUGGAGGCGGACCGGGCGCUGGGCGGCGGCGUGCGGCUCUUCAAGAUCUCCGUGUUCCACCACGGGGUCACGCACGCGUUCGCCACGCAGGGCCCGGCAGCGGACGAGGAGCGCGCCCGGUGGGUGGCCGACAUCGCGCGGGCCAUCCGCUUGCUCACCCAGUCGCUGUUCCCCGCCUUCACCCUGCGCGCCUACCCGCUGGAGGGCGCCUCCUGGACCGCGAUGAGGCUCCUGGCAGGCUACCUGCUGCUCUGCGACACCUGGGGCGUGGCCCUGGUGUACGCGGAGCUGCACGCGUUCUGGGACGGCGUCGCGAUGUUCUACGCCUACCAGGACGACUGCUGCGACAUCCAGGUGCUGCAGAUAGCGAUCGACGUGGCCACCACCGUCAGCGAGCGCGUCGGCGUCGACUGCGGCUGCUUCAGCAUCGCUGGCCACCACUUCAACCCCCGCUCUAGCGCGGAGAAGACACUGUGGCUUCGCGCCAUCAGCAACGUCAAGGUGAAGCUUCGGCACAACGCCGCGAACCCGACGCCCGAUGAGAUGCGCCACUUCCGGUACGCCGUGCAGGCGCGCCUCCGGGAGCUCCCCGGGUGCUGCCAGGGGGAGAGGUGA